CAUCGUCAUUGUCGAGCUUUGGGCAACACACGAGCCUGUAGGCCUGUAGGGCUCAGGUUCGCGAGAGUUCUGGCGGCCCCGCCUGGGCACCCUCGUAUACGCGUCUUCGGCCACCGUAGCCCUCUUUGCCCACGGCAAGCGAACAUCAGCCCUGCAGGAUUCUUCCGUUAUCAACCUUUCUGCGCGCGUGCACACGCACACGCACUCCUGGACACGAUCCAGGCCAGGGGGGCGGCCGACUCGCAGGAAGCAUGUCGCCCCGCCGGCGUAUUUGCGGCGACGAGAAGCGGGCCACGUCAGGGAGGGCUACUCAGGAGGGCUCGAAGGACGCAAAGGACGAGACCGCGGCAAUGGAAGCGUCCGAUGGAAAGGCCACGCGCGGGUCGAAGGGAAGCCCAAAAGCUCGCUACUCCUAUGACGAUCGCAUAUACCGCCAUGAUCGUCCCGCUCCUAUUCGCGUAGCGAGUCUCACUCCGAGAGAUCGUCUUGGCUGUGCCCCUGCGCUCGCCGUCCGCAUGGGCCCCGAACCUAGGGCCCACGGUGCCCACACUCACCGCGUCGUCGCCCUGCCCUGCACACAUCUAGAUGGGAGGGGGCCAUGCAAAACCCCCUGUCGCCCGCGUCCGCCUUUGCGCUGCGUCCCCGCGACGUCCACUACACCACCUUCCUCUCUGGGCGGGCGCACCCGGCGCGCGGGACUUGCCGGGGCCCGCUGGAUGUCUGGGCAGGGCUGCAUGGGGCACGCCUGCGCGCGCAUCUCUCGCGGGACAAAUCUGAGACUGGGGUUCUGUCCGACCGCUGAGCGGGGGCGCCUGAAUGGCACAGGCUGCAUGGCCACUUGUGGCGCCGCCACCGAUCGCUGGGACUAGCCAAGUACCACAUUCGUUUGGCUCCCGCCAGUCGCGGAAGCAGAACUAAUAGAAGGGAGCCCUUAUCGGCCCAUGGAAGCUAGCUCGCACACACACACAUUCAGGGGCGCACGCUCACAAGGCACGUACUCUCCCAUGUCCCUUGCAGCCAGCGUGUGCGCGCGGGGCU